CCGACUGUCAUUGGACGAAAACAGCAGGUGAAUUCUCGGAACAUGCUACUGGCCGUCAGAUACUACAUCGCAAUCUCUUAUACAUCGGCAUUUCAAUCUAUCGGGCGAAUUCUUGCAUCGCGCAUGCUUACGUUGCAUUUCGUAUGAGUUUGCAGAUCUCCAAAGGACAGGCUGGCUGCCGAUUACCUGCGUACAUGGACAGCAGACAUCUGGCGCCUCUCCUGACGACCAGGUACAUGAACGAUAACCUUCAACCAAGUGUCCGCACCCGCUUCAUCACACUCAACUUUCCAAUCACCAGUCACAUGUCAGGGGCAGGCCCCCCUUUGCCCCAGCGCUCCCCGGACUUGCGAUCGCUUGUUCAACUACCGCGUCAGCGAAUCUGCUUCCUCGCUUCACAUCCCCCACAGUAG